CGGGACUAUAACCACAGUCAAAUCUCCACUAUCACAAUAACGGAAAACAGUCUUCACCAACCGGUGGAUACACAUGACUUCACCUAAAGGUGGAUUACAAUAAUACUCUUCCACACACACCUAAACCACCUCAAAGUAAGAUUGGAAGGAUCUUACCAAAAGAGAGUUAAAUCGAAAACUAAACCCUAACUUUUUUUCUUUUUCUCUCGCAUAAAACCCUUGUGCGACUGCUCUAAUUUUCCUUCUCUCUUGGCUAAAAAACAUGUACAAAUUGUGCACAAAGCCUUACUUUUAUAGGCAUCAAAAACAAAACCUAAAUCCAUGUGGCCUUUUAUUUUCCUCGGUCAAACCAAAAAACCAAAGCCAAUUAGUUUUUGGUUUUAAAACCUUGCUGGCCACCAAUUGGGGGAACCGGCCCAACAGAUGGCCAUAGUUUUGUGGUCUUAAACUUCAACACGAAAGUACAAUUUAUAUGCUUAAACCAUAGGGAUAAAUCAAAGCCUUAUAUGAAACUAGAAAUCAAUACAAAUAUGAAGUUCUGAAUACUGUGUAUCUGAUGCAAUAAAUGCAGUUGACAUUUGAUGCGACGUGUGACAUUUUGAUGAGCAUAACAGAUGCUUCCUUACUAGAACAAAUUGGGAGAGACUGUACUCGGCUGUUUCAGAUGCAAUGUUAACCUUCCCUUUCAUGAUUCCCGGAACUCGAUACUACAAAGGUAUCAAGGUAAGCCUAACUUAAUUAGGAACAGUUAGCAGAUAAUAUUUCAUUUCUGUGGUGACUAAAUAUGAAGAUGCAUCACAAUUCACAGGCACGCGAAAGACUCAUGGUGACAAUCAGAGAGAUGAUUAAAGAUCGAAGAACUGAAACCGGGAACAGCAAUCUGGAUGACUUCUUGCGAUCAAUGCUGCAACGUGAUUCAUACCCUGAUGAUGAAAAACUCAGCGAUGAAGAAAUUGUGGACAAUCUCUUGACACUCAUAAUUGCCGGGCAAGCUACUACAUCGGCUGUAAUGAUGUGGAGUGUCAAGUUCUUGGAUGAUCAUCAAGAAGUUCAGGAUAGGCUCAGGGAAGAACAAUUGUCCAUCCUCAGAAGGAAGCCCAACGGUGCUCUACUUACACUUGAAGAUCUGAACAGCAUGCCGUACGCCUUAAAGGUUGUCAAAGAGACGCUGAGAAUGUCAAAUAUUUUGCUAUGGUGUCCCCGAGUGGUACUGGCUGAUUGCGAAAUCGAAGGUUUUGAGAUGAAGAAGGGGUGGCAUGUCAAUGCUGAUGCCACCUGCAUACAUUGCGACCCAGAACUAUUCGAGAAUCCCAUGCUUUUUGACCCUUCAAGAUUUGAUGUAGCGCCAAAGCCAUUCAGUUAUUUACCAUUCGGAUCAGGACCAAGGACAUGCUUGGGAAUAAACAUGGCUAGAGUGACACUGUUGGUGUUUCUUCACCGACUCACGGGCGGAUACAGGUGGACAGUGGACGAUCCAGAUCCUCGCCUGGAAAGAAAUACUCAUAUUCCUAGAUUGAGAAGUGGGUGUCCAAUAACCUUAACAGCCCUCCCCAAUGCGUGUUAA